UGACAGGCACCUUUAAGUCUGUAUGAACGACUAAUACGAAUAUUAGUGUCUUAAUUAUCGUCCUAGUCUUUAGCUGAUUAUUAUCUAAAUAAUUAUUGUGUAAUCUCAUUCCAUUGCUUUUUAAAAGGUCCAUAACAUGUUUUCCAAAAGCUACAAUCAAGGCGAUAAAAGGAGCAAGCAGAUUAACACUUUAAAAGUCUUCAAUGAGAAUGUUUAUGAAAAAGUACCUGGAGAAGAGUAUCAAGUGGAGCCAUUAGCAGGGGACUUUAUCAUCUUCAUCAAACUGCCCGCAAACUUUCCCGACAGUAAACCCAGCAUCAUUGUUGUUCCAGCAAUCUCACACCCCUGGGUGGACGAAAAAACAGGCGAAGUGUCCAAUGCUCCUGGAGUUCGAAAUUUCUCUGAGCAUUCCGACCUUGGGCGAGUGGUGCACGCCAUUGUAAGGGAGUUGACAAAGAGGCAGCAGCAAAUAGGCACCCCAGUGAAGCAGAUUGCCACUUCGCCACCUUCAGCCCCAAACACCUUUGGGCAAAUAGGUCAACCAAACCUGAAUCUGGCCGACAACGAACAAAGCAUGCUGCGCUCAGCCUUGUCUUCUCUCAGCGUUGCUCAGCUGCAGUCAUUGACUGAGAGCGAGGAUCAGUGCGAUGAGUUCCUCGAACAGUUGCCCCCAAUUAAGAUCCUUGAAGAUGAAAUUGACAGAAUCAUUGCAGAAAAUGAACAAAUUUCAAAGGAAACGUUGGAGAGAGAGGGAAGGUUGCAGGAGUUGAAGGAGAAGGUGCAGGAAAAGGUUGCAAGGGUACAAUCGUUGAGUAAUCAUUACGAAGAGUUGAGCAUCAGUUACCAGGAACUUAGCAAUAAAUUCAUGCCUUCAGCUAUUAAGGAAAGUUUGCAUUCAGCCGCACAUGAGUGUGACCAGCGUAGCGAUAAAAUUGCAGAGCAAUUUUUGGAAGGAGAAAUGGACAUAGAUGCUUUUUUGAGCGACUAUAUUGAUGCAAGAAAGAUGGGCCACAGCAGGAGAGUGAAGGAGGAAAAAUUGAGCAAGCAACUGCACGAUUUAGAAAAGGCUAGUUACUGAUUGGAUGGAAAAGACUGCAAUGAAAAAUAUUAUUUUGAUAUUCACGUUAUGUAUUUAUUUAUCAAGAAUGUAAAAUGCAAAGUAUCUGUCUGUGUUAAUUUGUUUUUCAUCAAUGAACUAAAUACAAUGACUUAAAUAAAAAGUCCAAGGCAUAUGAUUGAACAAUGA